UGGUUUGGGAACCUGGUGACUCUGAGAUGGUGGAAUGACCUGUGGCUGAACGAGGGCUUUGCCAGCUACGUGGAGUAUCUAGGAGCUGACUACGCUGAACCCACGUGGAACAUCAAAGAGCAGACCAUCCUGAAUGAUGUCCACAAGGUGUUUGCUGUGGACGCCCUGGCCUCAUCUCAUCCUCUGUCCCGGAAAGAGGAGGAAGUCAACCAGCCCGACGAGAUCAGUGAGAUGUUCAACACCAUCUCCUACAGCAAG